AUGAAGAAGGGUAAGAACACCGCUGUUGCGAGCAAGGCAUCCCCGGCCGCCGUCGCUCCGGCCACCAUCGAUGUUGAGGCCGAUGGGGCCAAGCGCACCCGCCGCACGCGCGCCUCCACUGCGGCCGCGGCCGCCGCUGCCGCCGCCGCCGCUGCCAAGUCCACUGAGGAGUCGACUCCCUCCAAGAAGGCUGCCUCCCUGGUCAAGGGCACUGCGUCCCAGAGCAAGUCGCCUGCCGCCAAGAAGACUGGCGUUCCGGCCGGCAAGAGGGCCGCCAGCAGGAAGGCUCCCCAGGAGUCGGCUGAUGUGACGAUGGUCGAUGCCGAUGCCGAUGCCAGUUCGCCGACCGAGCAGAAGCCUCGCAGGUCCAACCGCAAGGGUCCUCGCGGCUCCAAGGCUGUCCCGGGCCCUCGCAGCGCCCACGCCCAGCAGCGCCUUCAGCGCCGUCACCAGCUCCAGCAGCAGGCCGUCCUCCCCAGCGGCUUCAAGGUCCCCGGCUUGGCCAACCCGAAGUUUGCCGACCGGCGCCUUUCGACAUUGGAGCGCUUCCAGCGUCUGAGCCGCGUCGUGGUGUCAGCCGUCCCUCGGAAGUCGCUGCAGCGCGCCGCUGUGGCCGGUGGCGCCCCCGUUGGCCCUCGUGCUACCCAGCGCCGACUUUCGCUGUCUUCCGGCUCUGCAGAUGCCACGCGGACCGUCUUCCACCGGUGCCUCUUCUACCGUCUGCAGCCGUCCGAGAUCCGGACCCUCUGCUGGUCGCCGGAUGGCCGGACACUCGCUGUCCUCCGUGGUGAUGGAUCGAUCGGCUUCUGGACCGAGCGUUCGCAGUGGUAUUGCGAGAAGUCCAUCAACGGUGGCACCAGUCGCCAGCACAACACCAUGGCCUUCUGCCCGUCGGGCCGUUUCUUCACCGGCGCCUUCACCGGCCAGCUGACCGAGUGGGACCUCCUGACUCUGACGCCAAAGCGCGUGUCCGACUCCUAUGGCGGUCCCAUCUGGUCUCUGGCUGUCAACUCGACCGGCACCGAGCUGGUGGCCGCCUGUGAUGAUGGCUCGACUCGCCUCUUCGACAUUUCGGAUGACCGUCUGCAGUACUCGCGCGCCUUCGAAAGCCAGAACCACCGUGCCCUUUCUGUUGCCUGGCAUUCCUCCGAUAAGGUUGUCGUCGUCGGUACUUCGGCCGGUGUCAUCAAGAAGUACAACGCCGUCACUGGGCGCUUGGUGUUCAGCGCAUCGGUUCCCAAGAACAAGGCCGACGUUCGUGUCUGGAGUGUCCACAUGCUGACCGAUGGCACGAUCAUUGCUGGUACCUCGACCGGCCACGUCCUGUUCUUCGACGGCCAGACUGGCAUCCUCAACCAGACCAUCCAGACCCAUGAGGCGGAUGUCCUCUCGAUUGCUGUGUCCAAGAGUGGCGACACUGCCUACGCCUCCAGUGUCGAUUCCAAGGUGGUCGAGCUGAAGCGCUCCCAGAGCAACUCCUCCCAGAGCAUCGACCUGUCGUUCGAGUGGGUCCACUCUGCCAGCUCUCGCAUCCACUCGCACGAUGUCAACGCUCUGGCCCUGCGCCCCCAGGCGGAUCUGCUGGCCUCUGGUGGUGUGGACACCCAGAUCAUCCUGACCAAUGUGGCCAAGUUCACCACGCAGGACGUCGUGCGGAUCUCCCCCUUCGACACCUUCCGCACGCACAUUCAGGUGGCUCCGGAGGCGCGCCUGGUCCUCCUGACUUACCCGCACAGCGUGGCUGUGCAUGCUCUCCGCUCGGCCGACGAUGCGGGCCAGGUUGUCCGCACUUCUGCCAAGGAGGAUUUCGAGGAGGAGAAGCUGAUCGAGAUUUCGCUGAAGCGUCACUUGAUGAUCCAGUCGGCUGCCAUUUCGGCCAAUGGCAAGCUGAUCGCCAUCGCCGAUGGCGGCAAGCUCCGUCUGUACUCCCUCGGCGAGUCGACUCAUCACCGGCUGUCGGCGGCGCCGCUGACUCUCAACCUGCCUGCUGAGAUGCACGCCGUCACGCGGGUGCACUUCACCGCGCAUGAGACCCCUUAUCUGGUUGCCACCUCGGCUGAUCGGGUGUUCUCCUUCAGCAUCCAGGAGGAUCGCCUGCUGGGGUCGGCCCGCCUGAGCGCGCUGGCCCCGGCCGCUGUCGGGUCGGUCCCGCAGGGCACCAUCCACACGGUGACCAGCUCGCCGACUGGGCAUCUCGUGGCUGUCGGUGAUUUGGCCAACAACAUCCAUGUCUUCCAGACGACCACUCUGCAGCAUCGGGCCACGCUGCCGGUCUUUGAGAGCCUACAUACGGCCACCGGCUUCACGGCCGAUGGCAACCACCUGGUGGUGGCUACGGCUACGGUGACUGUUUACAUUUUCGAGAUCGGCACCUCGCAGCUGACACACUGGUCUCGACUCAACUCUGUCCGUCUCGGUGGUCCCUUCCUCAAGCGCGAGAACCUGGUCCGGUCGAUUUUGAUCGAUCCAAAGCGCCCGCAGACCGUGGUCCUGGCGUCGCUCUUCAACCUGUGGCGCUUCUCCCCGCGGGGGUCGGUCCGGUCGAAGCUGUCGCGCACGACGCCGGCCGCCGCGGUGACGGCCAGCGCCCCUGGCUCCGAUGCUCCCGCCUCGCCGCUGAAUGUGUCCAAUCUGCAUGAGCUCCAGCAGGCGCUGGUCUUCACACUGACCAUGCAAUCGUUUGAUGCCGAUGAGAAGGUGGCUGUGGCCGAGGCGCAGCUUCAGCAGGCCACUGAGGCUGCUGGGGAGUUGGCCACCCGUCUGGCUGCCCUGCAGGGGGAUCCCGAUGUCCCGAAGUCCCGAGUGCAGGAGGUCCAGGCUGAGCUGGAUGUCUUGCAGCAGAAGAUCGCCAGCCAGAGCGAGCGCCUGCAGGGGCUGACCCUGAUCGCUCAGGAGGCCCUCAAGGCCAAGAAUGUGGCCCUGGGUCAGGCGAAGCAUGAUCAGUGGCUGCACCAGCGCCAGCAUAACUCGCCGAACAACAUGCCCGGCAAGCGCCAGCGCGGGACCAAUGGCUCGGCCUCCCUGACGUCCGGGCUGUCCCCCUCGCUGCAGGCGUACCUGACGGCCAUGCCGCCGGAUGCCCUGCGCACGCAGCUGGAUUCGCUGUUGGCUUCGGUGUUCAGCAAUCCGGUCGGCUGCAUGGAGCGCAAGUCCCCGCUCCUGGGGGCGUGCUUCCUUCCGAGCACCGGCGCCAGCGGCCCCGUGGCCGAGGCAUCGGAAAUGGUCCUGGUCGAGCGCUCUGGUCUGGCGGUCAAGCUGGCCUUGCCUGGUGCCCUGACGCGCAAGCGCUUCGGUCGCAAGUAG